AUGGGGAUUUACAAGUUCAUUUCACCCCUUCUCUUCUUCUCAUAUUUCUGCAUGCAUGCAUUUGUUCUGAACUCAUUUCUUAGUUUGGCCCUCGCCGGAUCAAACAAGACGGAUAAACUGGCCUUGCUCGAAUUCAAGGCUUGGAUAACCACAGACCCCUUUGGAGUCAUGACUUCAUGGAACGAAACCCUCCACUUUUGCCAAUGGCACGGCAUUACCUGCAGUCACCGCCACAAGAGGGUCACAACGUUGACGCUGAGGUCCUUGAAGCUUGGAGGCUCCAUAUCGCCACAUGUUGGAAAUUUGAGUUUCCUCAGAGUGUUUAGUCUCUCAAACAACAGCUUUAGCCAUGAAAUCCCUUCAGAAAUUGGCCGUCUGCGCAGGUUGCAACGUUUGGGAUUGCAAAAUAAUUCACUGAGUGGGGAAAUUCCUGCUAAUUUAUCAGGUUGCUCUGAACUCAACUACAUAAUUAUUGGCGGCAAUUUGUUAGAAGGUAGUAUCCCUAAGGAGCUUGGCACCUUGUUAAAGCUAAUUAUAUUCGAUAUUGCAUACAACCACCAUACAGGAAGUAUCCCUUACUCUUUUAGCAACACAUCAUCUCUUGAAGUGUUUGGUGCAGCUUUUAAUAGUUUAAGUGGCAGUAUUCCAGAUAUCUUUGGUCGAUUGACCAAUUUUUAUUUUCUUGGAUUGGAUGGAAAUAACUUGUCUGGUACGAUCCCUCCCUCAAUUUUCAAUGUCUCUUCUCUUGAAACCUUUGCUGUGGGACUUAAUUACAACCUCCAAGGCACUUUUCCUUCAAACUUGGGCAAUUCCUGUCCAAGUCUCCAAACUUUUGCCAUCAGUAAUAACCAGUUUAGUGGGAUUAUACCUGUUUCAAUAUCUAAUGCCUCAAAUCUGUUUGAACUAGCAAUACACAAAAACCAACUGCACGGAGAAGUCCCCUCUUUGAAAAACUUACACAAUCUUGGGCGGUUUACUCUUGCUAUUAACCAUCUUGGAAGUGAAGGAACUGGUGAUGAUUUGAGCUUUCUUUGCGAUCUGACUAAUGCCACCGGUUUACAAUACUUGGAAAUGGGUGGAAACAACUUUUGGGGUACGCUGCCUCAGUGCUUAGCCAACCUGUCUUCUUCACUUGUAUCUUUCUACGUAGACUAUAAUAGUAUAUUUGGCAGUAUCCCGAAAGGGAUGGAAAAUCUGCAUAACCUGGAAAGCAUAGCGCUGUCUGGCAACCGGUUAUCAGGUCUCAUCCCUCCUGAAAUAGGAAGGCUUUCCAAAUUAUAUGUAGUAUAUAUGGAAAAAAAACUCGCUCUCUGGGAAUGUUCCAUCAUCUUUUGGAAAUUUAAGUCGAUUAACUCAUCUGCAUCUACAUGA